AUGACAGCGCCAACGAUGCGCACAACGCUUCUGCUCACAGAACAUCUGGGAUAUCCGCCCAUUUCGCUUGUAGACGACAUCAUAAACGCGGUUAACGAGUUGAUGUACAAAUGCACACAGGCAAUGGAGAAAUAUCUGCUGGAACGCAGCUCUGUGGGUGGCCACGACUAUACGGAGGAGAUCCGCGUGGGGAUCGCGAAAGUUGAGACUUUAUGGGAGCAUUCUGUAGACAGAAGCUUUGACAAACUGGAACUAUACAUACUGCGGAAUGUGUUGCAAAUUCCACAGGCAUUGAUAGAAAACGGGUCGUUUCGUCUGCGACAUCACGAUUCAUUAGUGCUGCAGAACAGUCCUGGAACGCAGGAGGACGAAAUGGUGGGUAAAGUGGAAUCGAAAUUACAAGAAUUGCGUUCCAAACUACUACAACACAAAAAACUCCGCGACGAGCUGCAAAACUCCCAGAAACUGCUGUGGCGAAUACAGAAGUACAAGCGGCUAGUUCUUGCAAUGUUUGCGGACGAAAGUGUGGCAACAAACGACGAACAGCGGGCCAUUUGGCGUUCGUUGACUCCGAUCAACGAAAGUCUCAAGUUUGUGGUGUCACAGAUUCGCGGACUGGCUCUCGAGUCUAACGACAAAUGCUCCCCGGACCGUAUUCGCAGUCUUGUCGAGCCAACAAUCUCUGCGGCUUCCGCAAAAACAGUGUUAUCGUCACGAACCCAAUAUCUCGCCCAAACUACGCGUUUGGAACUCCAAGAGCUCCCUACGGAGUCCUCCAAACACGGGAACGACUCCGAACACGACUUGGCGUCUUCAACUUCACAUUCAAACAACGAUUUACCAGUCCUAGCACCGGAUUGGUCUGCUUUACAACGCGUUACCGAUCAAACUUCCAACUAA